UCAUUUACGCACAAGCUUGCUGUGGCUGAAAAUAAUACACUGAACAGUGGGGUAAUGGUGUAAUUCUUGACGUUUUUAUUCGACGAGAAUUUAUUUUGGGCGGUCGGGCGUUUUAACCGGACAAAGGGACCUCGGCCAGCUGUUAAAGAGGAAGUCGGCUGUCAAACCCAGGGGCCGCGCCGCGCGAUGCAGGCUGCCAGCGAGAAAGCUUCUCCCUCCGGGACGCUUGUCCCGGCGAGGCCGGACACUGCUCUCGCCGUGAUACAGACGCCGGAGGACACAAAGAAGCUCAAGAGGAAAAUCCUCGAUGAAGACACUUACAUCGAGAGUUUAGAAAAGAUCAUCCAGAGAGACUUCUUCCCCGAUGUGACUAAACUUCGAGCACAGAAAGAUUACUUGGAGGCCGAAGAAAAUGGGGACCAUGAGAAAAUGAGAGAGAUCGCCAUAAAAUACGGAUCUUCUUUGACCAAGUCCACGCCACGCACCUCUGUACCAUAUGUGACUCCAGCUACUUUCGAAACCCCCGAGGGUCAGCCCGGGUCUCCCUCUUUGUCCCUAAACAAGUUGCGGCAGGGGGCAAAUGCUACGGAAGAAGGGAUUAAGGAGGAGGAGGAGGGGGGAAAGGAGUUGCCCUCCCUGGAUCGCUUCCUGGCAAAGGCCACGAGUGAGGACAACGCUUCCUUCGAGCAGAUCAUGGAGCUCGCCGAGGACAAGGAGAAGAUGAAACACGCCUGGAUGUAUGAAGCCGAGCUGGAAUCCGCAAAGCGACACGAGGAGAUCCUGGCUUUGCCGUCUUCGGAGAAGCAGGCAAUCGAGUGCGGCAAGGCGGGCGUGGAAACCUGGGAGUACAAGGCAAAGAAUGCGCUGAUGUACUACCCCGAGGGUGUCAAGGACGACGAUGCCGUGUUCAAGAAGCCACGGGAGGUGGUGCAUAAGAACACGCGGUUCCUGGGAGACCCCUUCAGCAGGGCGCUGAACAAGAGCCAGCUGCAGCAGGCCGCCGCCCUCAACGCGCAGUUCAAACAGGGGAAAGUCGGUCCAGACGGCAAGGAGCUCAUCCCACACGAGUCCCCCAAGGUGAACGGAUAUGGUUAUGUGGGACCGCCUUCCCCUGCUCCUGGUGUGGCGGAGUCUCCAUUGAUGACCUGGGGUGAAAUAGAGAGCACCCCGUUCCGCCUCGAUGGAUCCGAUACUCCUUAUACAGAGAGGAACCUCGGACCGUCCUUUAAGAUUCCCGAGCCAGGGAGGAGGGAGAGGCUGGGUCUGAAAAUGGCCAACGAGGCUGCAGCCAAAAACCGGGCGAAGAAACAGGAAGCGCUGCGGAAGGUUACGGAAAACCUGGCGAGUUUGACCCCGAAAGGCCUGAACACUGCACUGUCCCCAGCACUGCAGAGACUUGUGAACAGGACGUCUAGCAAGUACACAGACAAAGCUCUAAGGGCCAGCUACACACCGUCACCUGCACACGGGACCGCGGGAGGCAAGACGCCCGUGGGCGGCCUUGGGACUCCCACCAGUACCCCCACGCCCACCAGCGCCAGGACUCCCACCUCCCAGGACCCCGCCUCCAUCACAGAUAACCUCCUGCAACUUCCCAAGAGGAAGAAGGCGUCGGACUUCUUCUGAACUCUCGGGAAGCGGAUUCUUGCGUGUUCUUCGGAAAGGUCCGAUCCGGACGCUGGAUUGUCUGAUAGGGGGGAUACCUGUGAGGCGCAGCGGGAUUCCUGGGACCGUAGCGCUUUCUUACUGAACACUGGACAUCGCUGCAGGUGUACAGAGACACAUGUCAGUGAGGUAUGCAGCAACACUGACAGAAGAUGCUUUGUUUGGGGAAUCUAAACAUUUUGUACAGGUUUUUUUUUUAUGAUCUAAAUAUAUUAUGCUUAUAUUUAAAA